UUCCUGCCCAGGCACCAGCAGCUGAGCGAGAGGGUGCGGAAGCGGCUCUACUACGGGUGGGACAAAGACUGCAGCCUGGACAAUCUCUCCAGCCCCGUGGCAGAUAUUGCUGUGGAGUUGCUGCAGAAAGUGGCUCCAAGCCCUAUUCGCAGACUCCAGAAGAAAUAUGUGUCCCACGUAUCUCGGGAAGCUUGCAUCUCGCCCUGCUCCAUGAUGCUGGCGCUGGUUUACAUUGAGAGACUUCGGCAUCGGAACCCUGAAUACCUCCAGCAGAUCUCGUCUUCAGACCUCUUCCUGAUCUCCAUGAUGGUUGCUAGUAAGUACCUGUAUGACGAGGGCGAGGAGGAGGAGGUGUUCAACGAUGAGUGGGGAGCAGCAGGGAAGGUGGAUGUCCAGACCAUGAACACGCUGGAGAUGAACUUCCUGAGUGCUAUUGACUGGAGUCUCUACACUGAUCCCCGGGAGCUAUUUGAAGUGCUGAGCUGGCUGGAAGGACGCGUGGCAGAAAAGCAGGGCAUGUGGCGUGGUUGGUUCACCUACACGGAUCUGUGCGUCCUCAUGGAGCAGUCUUUGUGGCAGCAUGUGCUGGGCCAGUUCUACCAGCAAGUGGUGAAGCUGGCCUGCCUCCUGGGCGUGGUGUACCUGACCGGCUUCGCCGCCGUCUUCGCCUCCGUCACCGCGGUGCACCGCUCCGUCUGCGUGAGGAGC